AUGCUUUUAACCGAGACGGAAAGGGGAAACUAUAUUGAUGAUGAGAGGAUAUGGCGACAGAAUAAGGUCCUAUCGAGAAGUAUAGCCGAAUUAUUCAAUGCCACUUUUCUUGACCGUGAUCCAAUUUCAAAAUCAAUUGUUGAAAGAACUGUUGCUCGUUUCCAAAGAACAGGUUCAAUUAAAGAUGAGUCAAGAUCCGGAAGACCCAAAAGCGCUACUAACGAUGAUAAAGCUAUAGAUGUUCUGCAAACUGUAAGCGAUAAUCCUUCUACAUCGGUCUCGAGAGCGGCUCAAGAAAAUGGUAUUAGCGCAACAUCAGUCCGUCGAAUUUUGAGGAGGCAUCAUUAUCAUCCUUACAAAAUGCAUCUAGUCCAGCAGCUAUCCGAAGACGAUUAUGACAGAAGAGUGGAAUUUUGCGAUAAGAUGAUGAUAAAAUUUGAUGAUAAUAAUCAGUUUUUUAACUGGAUUUGUUUCUCUGAUGAAGCAACAUUUGAAUUAAGCGGUUCUGUAAAUCGACAGAAUAUGAGGUAUUGGGCAGAUGAAAAUCCACAUUGGAUGAGAGAAAGCCACACGUAA